AUGUCUGAUGCUCCGCGGCCAACCCUUAAGCUCAAGUUCGGCAAGAAGCCGUCCCAACCCCCGGCCGAGCCUGAACCGGCACCAUCGCCAGUACCAGCUGAAUCCUCUCAACCAAAACUCACACUAAAGAUCGGCCGCAAACCUCAACCUCAACCAGACGCGCCCGAGGAGAAGCCCAAAAAGAAGAAGCCGUCGAAGAAACGUCCUGCCGAGAAUGUUGCGCAACCCGAACCUGCGACGGUCCAGCAAGGCCCCAAGCGGCUCAAGCUGAACCCAUCCAAGAAGCCUGGACUCCAGUCAAUUCGCAUCAAGAACAAAGGAGUUGUUCCCAAUCGCCCAGUCGGCGUGGGUUACGACUCGGAAGCGUCCGACAACGAGAUCGACCCGGCUAUCGAAGAGCAGUUCAUUCUGCGAAUGCUACCGGGCGAAGACUGCGAGUAUCUACGCCAAGCGAUCAACGAACGCAGAUUUGACAAGUCGGAGUUCUCAUUCAAGCCCCUCACGCGAGAGGGACGACGUGCCAUCUUGAAGAUCCGAGACAAACAAUAUGCCGCAUCCUUGGUGGAUCUUCCUAAUAUUAUCGAGGGCAUGAAGAGCUGGGAUCGUCGGGGUUGGUACAAGUCGGCGGAUAUAUGCCAAAUGCUUUUGGUAUUGGGCCCUGUUGCCAAUGAUCAAGAGGCUUUGGAAUAUCCUCUUCCCCCAGAGGUCGACCAUGCGGAUGACAAGACAUUACAAUAUCCCCACGGUCUCGCACCCCCGCUGCGCUGGGUUCGCAAGCGGCGUUUCCGGGAUCGUGUCAGCUCGCGCACCAUCGAACAAGUUGAGAAGGCAGUGGAAGACCUGGUUGCACAAGACGAGACAUCCGUCUUCCCACCUCGGUUUGAGUUAGUGGACAGUACGUCUCUGAACCGCGCCGAAGGCUUUGUUCAAAGCGGGGAAUACGACGAGGAGUACGACGAGUACCAGGAUGCAGAAGGCGAGAUGGAAGACAUGUUUGAUGACCUCGAAGACGAUCUUGCCGCUGAGAUGGAGGCAGCCCUGGCUGCUGGAGACGACGAGCCCUCAGCUGCACCUGCAGAGCAAACAGGGACAGCGUCAGCGAAACCGUCAACACCAGCCGAAGCACCAACGCCUGCUGGUGAGUCCUCCGAUGAUAGCGACGAUUCGGACGAGGAUGAUCUCGACGAUGAGCAACUCGAGCAACAGCGACAGAUGCAACAGCACCGUGAAGAAAUCGGCGAAUUGGAGGCUCUCAUUCGCACCGAGACUGCAACAUGGGAGAGGGUGCAGAACAACAUUCUCCGCAACAAGAUGGGCCGGCGAAUCCAGGAACUUAAGAAGGAUCUGGAGCUCAAGAAGGUCUCCAUCGGAAUUUCGGGCGAUGCUGAUAUGUGA